AUGGCUAGCGAGAAGCAACUCGUACAGUUGGGUCGUCAACUCAAAAAAAAUAACAUCGCCUUAGAUAUCGUUUGUAUUGCGAACGUCGAUGAGAACAAAGACAAACUAAAGGCGAUGCAUGCGGCUGUCAACAGCAACGACACCAGCCGGUACGUGGAGUAUCCUGCUGGCAGCAGCAAUUUGUUGAGCGAUGUGUUGGUGUCUGCUAUGCUGCUGCACACCUCGGAGGGAGGUGCAGCAGCAGCAGCAGCAGCUGCUGCUGCAGGAGGAGACAGCGCAGUAAACGAAUUUGGAGUCGAUCCCAACGUCGAUCCCGAUCUCUACAUGGUCCUCCGCAUGUCUCUUGAGGAGGCAAGGCAGCAGCAGCAGCAGCAGCAGCAGCAGCAGCAACAGGCUGCUGCACCUGCUGCAGCAGCAGCAGCAGCCCCAGCAGCAGCAACAGGCGCCGCGACAAGUGCUGCAGUGAAUGAAGCUCAGAUAGAAGGUCUUGAGGAUAUGGAUGAAGAUCUCCGCCAAGCAGUUUUGCUGUCUUUGCAAGAUUACUGCGGCGAACCUUCAACUGCUGCUGCAGCACCAGCAGCAGAGACGCAGCAGCAGACACCCAGCGAAGAGACCCAGCAACCGCAGCAGCAGCAGCAGCAGCAAGAGCAGAAUCAGGGAGCAAGUGGAGGCGACUCUGCUGCUGCUGCGCCUGCUGCUGACUCUGCUGCAGCAAACAGCCAAACCCAACGCCCCGCAGGAGACUCCGGUGGAGACGCAAACGCGGGCAAGAGUUAA